UUAUCCCUACGUCACUUCCUGCUCCGACGCUGGGACUUCAUUCAGGUCGUUGACAAUAAAGAUAAUAUGGAAGGAAACCAAUUGUCAUACUACAUGGUGCUUGAAGACACUACCAAAGAUAAAUUCCUGUGCUAUAUAAAAAAACAAAACGAAACGCAUAAUAUAUAUGUAACAGAUGCCACGGAUGUAUGGAGCAUCGAUGUAUCUGAAGACUUAUUAAGCCAGUUUAGGGAGAAGGUUUUACUGAAGUCCACAGAAGAUUACUUGAGGAAAAUCAGGUCUGCUCUGGGUACAGGCUGCUCCGCGGUGCUGUUGCAGCCCAGCGGAGGAGCAGUGUUGCGGGUGGACUCCAGCCCAACAGACCUCAGCCUCCUGCUGGCCCGUCUGGACCGCCUGCCGGCGCGGGCAGAGGUCAAGGAGCUGCUGUUUGGGAUGGCCGCCCACCUCUCCCAGUCUAGCAGACAACAAGCUGCGGCCCAGUCGGUUAGUCCUGGGAAGACCCACUACAAGAGGCAUAAUAAUACAGAGUUCGGGCCGCGGGUGCAGAGGAAGGCGGGACCAACGGUGCCCCUGUCAAAGCGUGUGGCGGGGGACUCCCUGAUCAACCCGGGAACCAAGAAGAAGUGCCAAACAACAGGUGUGGCCUUUGAUGAUACCGAAGAAGAUUGAAUUUAAUGUUUUUAAGAAUAUGUAUCUGAAGAGAACAAGGAGUUUGUUAUUCUGCUCAACACGUACAUAUAUUAUGUACAGUUUGAACGUGGCUUUUAACCCACUGAUGCCUGAUACAGCUUUUAACCUUACUGCCUACAUCAUGAAAUCUUUUUUAAUGUAACCAAUAUUCAUCGCUUCAAUCAGGGAAUAGCUUUGAAAUGGUUUAUUUUAUGAAAUAAAUGUAAUAAAUGCUAUUUUUUAACUUAAUCCAAUGUGUUCAGCAU